UCAGAUCUUUCCAUUUCAUUGUGAAGAACUCAGAAUUCAAGAAUCAACCUGAAGCUCGAGCAGCUUGUAGAGAGAACUACACUGAUUUGGUCACUGUGUGCAGUGAAGAAUAAAACGAUGCACUAAUUAAUCUGACCAACAGUAAUGUCUGGAUUGGUCUUCAGCGCAGUCAGUUCAGUUCUAAAUGGUCUAAUGGUGAUGAAGUUACAUUCAGUGCUCUGACUGGAAGCUGUGGGCCAAAGCCCUGCUGUGCUGCUAUGAAGACUAAUGCAUCAUGGGAAAGUCCUCUGUGUACAGAGAAAAGAAACUUCAUGUGUUAUAAACAAGAUCAGACUGACCUCACCUUCAGCUAUCACCUGAUCACUGAGAAUAAGACCUGGUAUGAAGCUCAGAGUUACUGCAGGAAGAACUACACUGAUCUGGUCAGCAUCAGAGAUCAGGAGCAGAAUGAAGCAGUGAAGAUAGCAGGGAUGAAGAGCAGUGAUUUCUUCUGGAUUGGUCUGCUGCGUGAUGACUGGGAGUGGGCUGAUGGAGGAAGAUCUGCUUACAGAAACUGGGACACUGGUUACCCUCGAACACCAUCAACACAACCAAACUGUACACAGCUGAAUGUGAAUGGGAAAUGGCAAAAUGUGAUUUGCAGUAAAGUUGUGGCUGCUGUUCUGUGCUACAACAGUAAGUCCUGACUUCACUCUCUAUAACUCUCUCAGCAGUGUUCA